UUCUGAAAAAGUUAGGUCGUUUUAUUAAACAUGCGAGUUUUUAUCAAGCAUCGCAUAACCACCAAAAUUUGGGGUAUCAAUUUCCGGUUUUGUGUGGUUUUCAACUUGCCUAUAAAAAAAAUUGGUCAAAAAAUAAAGAAAGCGAAUCUGGCGAAAUAAAGGCCAUUUUCGUUCAUUGCAUAUGUUGUUUGACUAAUGUAGAAAAAAUGAGGACAAUCCAUUUUCUGCCAAAAUUUGAGUGGUCGGUUCUUACACGGACACACUCUUAAACUCUUCAAACAGAAAUGCGAACUUAUCUUCGCGGGGCCGCUCGACAUAGUCGACGAGGCGAAAAAGGCGAGAUUGCUGUUGUUAUGGAUUGGCGAUAAAGGCCUCGGAAUCUACAUGUACAACACGAGCACGUGGGCUAACGACGGCGACAACCUGAAGAUCGCUCCAGGUAUGGAAGCGCUAGAGGCUUAUACAAACCCCCAAAGUAAUCAAAUCCUCGCCAGAUACCAACUUCGAUGCCUAAAGCAGGGCGAUAGACCACUGGUGGAAUUCAUCACCGAAGUGCGACUAUUGUUGAAGAUGGCGGAUACGAUCCCGCGGCCAAAGAAAAUGCCCUCCGAGAUACACUGGUCUUCGGCAUGGCGUCUGAUAAAGUACGCAAAGACGCGGUAGCACUUGGCAACGGGCUAACCUUCAAACAAGCCUACGACCUCGCAAAAGUUGAGAAAAGCUCUAAAACACAAAUGAAAAUAAUUUCCAAAGGUGACAAGAAAUCUGAUCUUCAUACAGUUCAAGGAGAAUCCGCAUACUCGACCCAAAAAUCCCCACCGAGACAGAGCUCCAAACAUCAAACUCCGUACGGCGCCAAAAUAAAAAAGAUUCAACCGGAAGAAAACCUCGUCGACUUCAGUUCAAGUCAAAAGGAUGCUUCAGGUGCGGAAACGCCCACGACAGAUCAGCAAGUUGCCGCGCCAAAAAAUUCCAAAUGCAAGCACAGUGGCAAGACUGGCCAUUACCCAAGAGUGUCAUGCAGCAACGCCUUCAAAAGGUUCACCAGAUCGUGAGCAGUCCCGAGUACCAGGGCCAAGACAUCUACCUAGUACAUGUAGAUGAGUACCCCUUAAGCUUUGAUGACGAUUAUGAUGUGUACACUUAUGAAGAAGAAUCAGAAGAAGAAACAAGUGACACUGAGCCCAUCACUGUGUUCCUUGGAACCCUCACCUCAACAAAGGGCCAGCAAACCCAAGAAAUAUAACUAAAUGCCCUUGACAGCCAUCCAGACAACUUCGCCAAGGUCAAGAUCAAUGAACACCAUGACAUGAGCCUGAAAGUAGAUACUGGAGCGGAUGCCUGCGUAAUCACUAUCACAGAUCUCCCUGCAGCAAUGUUUUAAGAGGAUAUGGAGGCUCUGAGAUGGAAAAUCAUGAUAUUGGUCUCCUUUAAGGACAAGUCAGCCAACAUCAAAUUCAACAUCGUGGAAGCCCCAGGAAGCCCAUCCAUGCUGGGUUGCCGACAGUCGCAAGACCUGGGAAUAAUAUCAGCAAAUUUAGAUGAAGUUAGUACCAUUACCCCAACCAAGUAGCCCAAGCACACCAUGGCCAGCUAUCCAAGCCAACUGUCUUGGAAGAGUACCAGGAUUGCUUCGACAAGUUAGUUUGUUUCCCGGGAGAGAAGUACCACCUUCCACCUGUUCCAGUCAUUCACCCACCGUGCACUGUUCCAGUACACAUAUUACCCUUAUACAAGGAGGAAGUUGACAAAAUGAUCGCAGAUGACAUCAUCACUGCCGUGAACGAACCAACCGACAGGGUAAACUCGAUUGUAUGUAACAUCAAAGAAACCCCACAAGGCAAAAAGAAGGUCAGACUUUGCCUCGACCCUAAAGACCUUAACAAGAAUAUAUGUCGAGAGUUUUGUUACACCCGUACCAUUGAUGAGCUCCUGCCGCAGCUACAUGGAAAGAAGUUCUUCUCCGUCAUCAAUACCAAAAUAAGUUAUUGGCAUGUAACUUUGGACCACGAAUCAAGCUUGCUAUGCACAUUCAACACCCCCUUUGGACACGUUCUGACUGAGAAUGGAACUUGAGGCAAUUUGCAAUAUGAAGACCCCAUCAAACAUGAGAGAGCUCCAGACCAUCUUGGGCAUGAUGACCUACCUCAACUGCUUUUCAAAAUAGCAUCAGUAAUAGCCUGUUGAUUACGUUUAGAGAUAAAUUAAUACUCUGAAGAACUAGCAUAUCCUGGAAUAUUCCUUGGUACGAAGGCCAGAAUGUAAGCAAGUACAUUACAGUGAUAGAGGUACGUGCAAAUCAGAACUGCGAUGGUAAGACAAACUUCUUUUACAAAAUAAAGAAGUUGCAAAUGAAAAUUCUAGGGAAAGGAAGCAUUGCUCUUCACCACAGGCAAGACUGAUACUACGUAUACUUCAAAUCCCUGCAAUUCUGUUCUUCUGUAAAUUUUUAUCAGCAAUUUCAUUGACUCUCACUUGAAAAUUAUGUUGGUAAAAUGGGUGAAAAAGGGUUGUUCGAUGAUAAAAAUCUUAUUACACAUUUUUUGCCCAACAGAGUACUGAACACUUGAAAAGGUCCAGGGGGAUAUUGCACACUACAACGUCCAAUAACUUACUGAUGUAAAUAUAUGACCCAAAUGAUACAACUGAGCACUGCUUUUGUGAGCAAUUUAAGAAUGUUUUGCCACUGGUACUCAGUGGUUUAUACAUACAGUAAUCAAUCUCGGCAGCCAAAUUUCUUGAUAUUAUUUUCUAGCUUCCUCGAAUGCCCAACCAUCCAGUGAUUGAGUUGAGUCAGUAUACAUUACAGUAUUCAAUAGUACAUCAUACAUCACAUCACAUCAGAUCCCAUUUCAUCAUCACUUAAGCAUUCCUUUGAUACUAUAUCCUUAAUCAAUUCUAUUUUUAUUUUCCCCAAGAUCUCCGUUCACAGCAUAGUUAGUGGAGGGCGUCCCGAUGAUACUCGAUCGAGCUGGAAGAAGAUGAACGUCAAAGCGCAGCGCUUUUCGCUAAAUUCUGGGUGGCUAAGAAAGAAUCUAAUACUUACUUCAUCUGCAGCCUCUCUAAACUGUUCAUCAAGCUCUUCUUCUUCUUCAAAAAUACCUAAAAUAGCGUCAAAAUCGUCUCCAAUGAUAAACAAAUCAUUCGUGUCCGCCAUAUUGUUUGGGAAUGAACGUUUGGCGUGUGCACGGUCAAUGCCACGUGAUGGUGCAAUUCAACCUCAAACGCGAAAAAAAAGGCCGGCCCUUUGAAGUUUGCCGGGUUUCACAACCAGUCCCCUCCACUAACUAUGUUCACAGGGAAACUGAUGAACAUCCAUAUUUGUGUCUUUAUCCACAAAAUUAUUGACGUGAGAGCACAAACACUGGAAGCUCCUACUUUGAAUUCCAAGUGCAAAACUUUGUUCACAAAGCUGAAAUAAUAGAAGAAAAGCAUCCAAGCCUCAGAAAAAUGCAAGAUAAGAGAAUAUCAGUAAAUAUUGAUAAUGUCCAAGAACACAUAGGUAGACGAAGAGCAUGCGAGGAGGUGUACACAAGUGGUUACAACAAUAUCUUGAAUAACAUCACAUGCUGUUAAUUAGUAACAUGACAAUUCCUUUUCACAGAUGCCCUUUAACAUUUCUCAACUUCAGCAAAUGUGUGGCUUCCAGGCUAUAUCAGUAAUGGCUAUCCUACAAAAAGGUGAUUGUGACAGAAUGAAUGUUAGGGGGAAAAGGCUGAUGAAGAUUGAUUAAGACGUUGCAGAUGAAACACUUAACACAUGAUCAUCUUACAGCCAGCUCAAGAGUCAAAAUACGGAGCCAAUGGAGAGUGAAUUUGUCGAGGUUUUGAGUGAGUUGAAAGGUCAUGUGAUUGGAAAGAGCGGGAUUUUCAUAAAAGGAAUAAUGAAGAAAUCAGGAGCAAGGAUCAGUUCGGAGAAGAAAGACGAAGGCUUUACAGUCAGCGGUAAUGCAGACCAGCGAGCAUGUGCUAAGAGUCUUAUUUUAGAAAAAGUGCAAGAAAUUCAGAGAUGGAGAACUACAACACUUUCCCCCGGUGAAUUAGUGGAGAUUCCAACUGAGUACAAAGGUUUAGUGAUAGGUACAGGAGGAGAUAAUCUCCGGAAUAUUAGCACUAAGACAGGUGCAAAAGUGAUCCGUAAAAACGGCGAGGUGUAUAUAGUCAGUGGAAACAAGCAACAAAGACAGCAGGUCAAACUUCACAUCGGAAAAUCAAUCGUUGGAGCAAGACUUAGGGGUGAAGAAAAUAAAUUUAACAAAGUCUGUUGUUUCAUCGAUGCCUGGAACCUUACAAAGAAUUCUGAACUGAAGCUGGAGCAAGUUUGGAUGUGGCUUCCGGGAUCGGAAGCACAAUAUCGACUGAAACCAGCUGAAGGAUAUGAAGUACAGGAAUCUGACACCACCAGCGAUGACUCAAGCCAUGAAUUACAAAUCAGGAAUGACGCUUUAGAAGCGCUUCGGAAAAUAAAACAUAAAGAACUCACAGAAAAAUUUCCAAAGGCCGACAUGUGGUGUCAUUUUGGAACAGGUAUCAUCCAAGGACCCGAUGAAGAGGAGGCUGAAGGUGGAGAGUGGAGCAUCGAUGAAGCAAUGAAAAAGUUGCAAUCUCCUGAAGAAGGAAAUCAUUGGAAAGUUACAUUUAAAGAGGGGGUGGAUCUCGACGAGAAAGUCCUGGAGGGAACCUCUUACGAGAAAACGUCGGAGGAUUUUAUAGCAAGAUACGAUUUAACAUACGUAACGCCAUGUUGGCAUGAAAUAAGAUGCAAGGUCUGGGUGACACAAAACAAUGCCAAUAAAAGGUUGGAGGAUAUACCAAUCCCUUUCAAUGACGUCAAGAACAUUCUGGAAGAGAUUCACUUUGAAGAUGAACUAACACGGUCACGAUGUCGAGGAUGGCUUGUUCUUCCAUCACGAAGAUAUCUGCAGGCUGACAUUUUAUUUCCUGGCUGUGAAUUUGACUGCAGAUUUACCAUCCGUGGACGAACAGAUUGCGCUCUGGUAGCAGACUAUGCACCCAAAGCAGAAGCAAGACACGUUUUAUCAAGACAUCUUUCCGGAUUGACUCUGACGGAUGGAGACCCUUUUGAGCUAAGUCUGCCAGACAAUGAGAUACCAGAGGGAUUUCACUUGAUCCAUAAGCGGUCUUCCAAACGAGCUAUGUAUACUACUAAUCCAGAAUUUGCAAUCAUUCUUUCCAAGGAGAUUUCAUGGCACAGUGACAUUGCAACAGAGGAGUUAAGAGAAUCGACCGACCUUCAUCUACACUGCAAAGAAUGGGAUAAAUUGCUAAGCAGUAAGGACUGGGAACCAGAGGUGAUAGUUGAGAGGAUUCCAGAGUUCUUCCGCUUUGUGAAACAAGUUCAAGGUUUUGUUGCGCAGGAAAUAAAAGGACGUAGAGUGAAAUAAAAGACACUCGUGUUGUCGUGUUUUAGUCUGUAAAUAGAAUGGCACGUCUCUCUUUUAGUCUUAUGACGACAGCAAUGGACUUCAUACAGCGGAAACCCUCGUAAGCGGACACCCUGGGGACACGAAAAAGCAGUCCGUAACUGAAGCUGGCCAAUUACGAGAAUAGUUCUCGUUAGCGGCCUGUAAGGGAACAAGAGAACUUCUCUUGAAGGGAAAGAUGGCCGCUUAUGGGAGCUUGCCUAGCUUACAAAAAACAUUGUAAAUACAAAAAUAACACCGAUAAUGUACAGGACUGACCCUGCAUAAUUGCAGCCAGCAUGAACUUUAGCAUUAACAGUCUCACUGCACCAAAAGCCAGUGAUACAGUUUACAAAUGUUUAGAAGCACAGUUUCAAAGCCAGACCCAAUUUCUUUCAAGUGUCUGCUCACUGGAGCCUAAAAACAAAGGGAAAGUCUAGAUCGUAAGCCCUCAAAGUGGCUUCCCAUGAGAACUGGCACAGUCCUUUUUAUGACCUUAACUCAGAGGUACCAGUAAGCAGAGGAAAAUGUCCCGGAAGGAAACUUAACUCCCAAACUUUACCCUCUUCAAAAUUUUGUGCGAGUUUUAUGAAGUUUAGAUAUCUGUUUGCAGCUUGAUAUGUUUGUUCAGUUGUUGGGGUCUUAAAUGUAAUAAAUGUUCCUAAAUGUAAUGAAGGUCCUAAAUGUGAUAAAAUUUGGCCCUAAAUGUAAUAAAUGACCUAUAUGUAAUAUAUACAAUUUGCCCUAAAUGUAAUAAAGGUCCUAAGUGUA